GAAGCCAGCGCAGAUAUUUUUGUGGCUCCGGCGGUGAGGUUUCAGUUUUCAGUGUUAAGUGCGCGGAUUGUGAUUUAAAGCAGCAAAAUCUCCUCCAGCAACAUGCAACUCCUUCAACUAGUGGUGGCUGCCAUUUCGGUUUGUGGCUUGGCUAGCGGUCAGCAGGGCGUGGACCCCGCCUACUUGAGGCAGUACUACCAGCAGCUGCAACACCAGCAGCAGGGCCAGGGCCAGGGCCAGACGAUCGACGGCACGCCCAUCUACGAACAGAACUCGGAGCAGUCGCAGCAGUACGUGACCGCCGGCCAGCAGAUCCGGCUGAAGGACACCGUGGCCGAGCAGAUCCGCGCCCAGCAGCAGCAGGGUUACGUGGCCCCAGCAGUUCGGGAUUACCUCCAGCAGCCACAGUACCAGGCUCAGCCCCAGCAGGCCGCCUACCGUCCUCCCGCCCAGGCUGCCCCCCAGCCGCCACGCCGGGUGCAGCCCGCCUCCUACCAGGCUCCCUCCACCUCGAUCCUGGGCAAGGGACAGCACAAGCUGCAGCAGCAACAGCAGGAGGAAGAGGAGCAGUACGAUGAUCAAAACUCCUCUUACCAGUUUGGAUUCGAUGUGAAGGACGAUGAGUUCACCAACUACCAGAACCGCAAGGAGAUCCGCGACGGAUCUGUCAUCAAGGGCAGCUACUCCGUGGUGGACUCCGAUGGUUUCAUCCGCACCGUGAAGUACACGGCUGAUCCCAAGGAGGGCUUCAAGGCGGAGGUGAUCCGCGAACCCACCGACAUCGUGGUUAAGAUACCCACCCCACCGCCGCCAACGCAGUUGCUCCGGGCCGGUGGCCACAAGCAACAGCAGGAGUACAGCUCGGGGGCACCCAGCAAGCAGCAGUACCAGCCACAGUACCAUCAGUACCACCAGUAGGGUGGCACACCUAGGGGUACUGCCUUCUCGAAAUAUACUCGAAAGUUCCGCAAGUCCAUGUAGUUUGUAAAUAAGCGUCGAGAUUCGAUCGGCACGAGAUCAUAACAUUACUCUACUUUAUGUCAUUCAUUUAGGAUCGAUUUUCUUGUUUAGAAUAUUAAAUUAAAAAUUUUUCGAUAUCUUUAAAA